AUGGACGAUUUUGUGCGGUUUUUGAGAGAUCGCGAAUUGAACAGUGAAAAAUAUGAAAAGCUGACACCGCAGGGUAUCGACUACAUAUCAAGCUCGAAGAUCAAAGAUAUAUUCAAUCUUAAUCUUGAAAUUUACGCAGAGAAGCCACAGAAGGAUAUCCAUGAUUUCGUAGGCACUUUCAGGGUUAGUAGCGAGGAAUCUUCGCAGGAUGGAUCGCUGAACGUCGAAAAUGUGCUUUGGGCGAACACGGUACUUGCAAGUGGUCGUGUUGUUGGUGUGGUU